GCUGUAGCUGUUGAUCCCACCUCGUCGCAACGCUGCCAUGCCGCCCUGUGCCCAUGCCGCCGCCGUGGUGCUCACCUCCUAAAUUUGCGCCGUCUUCAUCCCACCCUCUCUGUUGUUGCUCCUCCGCUACAAAAAUCCGGAAAUGACGUUGACGAUGCAGACGCUAAGGAGCUCCAGAGGCAACGUCGCUAGCCUGUUGGGCCUCAGAUGGGCCCACGGCGCGGCUCUUCCUGCACCGUUGGAUGGGAUCAUCUCCCGCAGUAUCGCAUUGCCGCCGUUGGUUUUGCCGGAGUUUGAUCGUCCGUCGCCGGAGGAUUCGAACAAUAGCGGAAACAUCGGCUUCGGCUUCCCGAGUUUCUCGUCCGGUGGGUCCAUGGAGCUCAUGGCUGUUCCCAAGAGAAAGGUUUCUCCUCACAAGAGGGGCAUAAGAAACGGUCCGAAAGCUCUCAAGCCUACUCCAGUUAUAAUUCGUUGCAAAAGCUGUGGUCGAGUCAAAUUGCCACACUUCUAUUGUUGCAGUGGAGACAGGGGAAAUACCGGUGAGCGAGAUGCUUCCACAAGAUGAGCAAGUCUUCUGCUACAUAUAAAGCAAAAACCUGUGUGUUCUUUUGUAGAACAAGAAAUUUUCAAUUUAAUAAGGAUUGUAUUGGAUCUUUGUUGGAACAUAAAAAAUCUAGCUUGUAUUAGAGAGUUUUCAGUUUUUCUUGUAGAAAUACUUGGUGGGAUGAAAGAGCUUGUGCUCUCUUUUUUCUGGGAACAGUUUACCAUUGCACCUAGAGUAGGAAUUGCAGUUGAUGAGAUGAGAAAAUUCAGAGAAAUUAUUGGAAAUUAAUAUACAGUUGUGGUGAUUCUGAGUA